GACUCUAGACUGACGCUAGGUCUCCCCAUCUGAUCACACUGUCACAGUUUCCAGCUCUUUAACACCCAUCCCUUGUUUCCAGAGAGGUCGGAAGCAACGGGACAGAAGCCUCCCAUCGCGCAGAACCCUGCCCAUGCUCCCAACGAGGGGGUGCCUUUUCUACACGAAGGCGGGGCUCUCAUGGGGGCCGCCCCGAAACACGUAUGGGGGCGGAGUCUCCUAGAAGGCCAGUGCGCGGCCGCGGAUCUCCACCAGCCCAUCGCUCCGCCCCGCAGGAGACUACGCGCCACCAUGGAGGAGUACCAUCGCCACUGCGACGAGGUUGGCUUCAAUGUUGAUGAAGCUCACAAUAUUGUUAAAGAGUGUAUAGAUGGGGUCUUGGGAGGUGAAGAUUAUAACCAGAAUAACAUCAACCAAUGGACUGCAAGCAUCGUGGAACAGUCCUUAACACAUUUGGUUAAGCUGGGAAAAGCUUAUAAAUAUAUCGUGACCUGUGCGGUGGUCCAGAGGAGUGCAUAUGGCUUUCACACAGCCAGUUCAUGUUUUUGGGAUACUACAUCUGAUGGAACCUGUACCGUGAGAUGGGAGAACCGAACCAUGAACUGUAUUGUCAAUGUUUUUGCCAUUGCUAUUGUCCUGUGACACAGUAAAAAUGUCCGGCCAAAGCCGUUAAAUUAAGAAUUUGUCAGUGUAUCCUUUCUAAAAAGAGUAAUAGUUACUUGUUAAUGUAUUAGAUGACAAGCGUGCAAUAUGCUUCAAAAGCUCUCAACAAAAACUGAAUAUUCUAAGCAAAAGCCAUCUCAUAGUAAGUUGGCAGAUUAGCUCAUUCUACACAGCAUCAUUUACAUGGGAAAAAUUUAAUGUUGGCAAAAAACAAAAACAAAUAUGGCAUGACAUGAAAAUACAAUCUUAUAUUUACACCGGCUUUUCACUAACAUGUGCGUAAGGAGAUGGGGAAAUCUGUUCAGAUAAUAAAAUUCUCUUUCAGCAGAGAAGUUAACAGGGAUAAGUAUAUGAACAAAAAAAUGCUGCAAAGAUAAAUGUGGAGAAAAUGAUAAUUAGCUAACACUUCUUAGUUUUUGAUUUCUCCUUAGUUGUACAUCUAAUUUACUGGAAAAUAGUUUUCUUCCGUACCAGCUAUUAUUACAGUAACAGCCAUCAUUGACUUGUUUAUUUUUUCUGAGGAUUGUCAAAAUGUUUUUUUAAAUUUCAAACUCUUAGAUUUACAUGUGAGGACCAAUUAAAUCUGGUAACUUGCAUUCCGUGGUGAAACAAACCUCGUGAUGAAAAGUACAUGACACUAACAGCUGCCUUACAAUGGACUAAUUUCAUGUAGAGCUAACAUUUAUUGAAUUCCUAUUAUAUGUAUAUUUCUCUGUUAACAUUAUAGCUCUCAAUGUAUUGUGCGAAUUCCGAGUUCCUUUUGGCACCUGUUCACAGUUGAACAACUAACCUGUUCAGGGCAGAAAAAAAAGAAUUGUUUUACAAGAAGAAAAGGAAUCUGAUUAUCCAUGUAGAAGUAAGCAAAAUGAAAAGCACUUAAUGCUGACAGAGAAUUAGAGAUGUCAUUUUAAGAACUGCUUCCAGCAAGUAAAAAAAAAAGAAAGCGCAUAAAAUAUGCAACUCUUAGUUAAAGGCCUUACUAGCAGUAUAACUAGACAGGUAGCAAAUUUUGUCAUUGCUUUAGUUACAACCAUCUGUAAAUAAUUUAAAUACUUAUUACAUGAGGUUUAAAUUGAAUGGAAUAAAGUAUAAAUUCAAAGUAUACAAUCAUUAGCAGGUUAAUGAAUAUCUCAGGGCUUAUAAAAUGUAGUUAAAUUUAGUAAGAAGAUAAAAGAUGAAAAAUUAGGGUACACAGCUGGUCACCAAACGCGAAGUCAAUCUGGUUAUUUAGCCCGGAAAACAAAAAUAAUUUUGCAUAUUACCACUAACACGAAUAUAUAGGGAGGAGAACCAUGAUUCAUUGCAUUUUGAGGGGAAGGAAAGGCUUAGUAUUAAUACUGACAAUAUUAACAUAGUAUUCUUGUAGGAAUACUAUGUGCAUGUUUGAUAUGUUGCUGUGUAACAGUAAUUGUUCAAUGUUUAAGAAGAACAUUAAGAAAAUACAAGGGUAGAGUUUCAUGUGGGGAGCUACAUUUUUGGCACGUCAAAAAUUCUCAUAGCCAUUACCUUCAUCUUACUUUGCGCUGCUGGCUUUUGUGCCCUUGAAGAUUAUAAUAGUGACCAAAAUAUCUGUGCAGUUAAGGCUUGCUUUUGAUUAUUGUUAUUGAGGCCUGAUUUUAAAGGAAUAAUAAUCAAAAAAUACCUCGUGAACUUGCUAUCUGCUCUGUUUUUAUUUAAAAUAUAAUAAAGAUUAUCUUCCCGUGCUGUA